AUGGCUUCCUUAGUAGAGUUAUCGGAUAAUGAAUAUGAUGAAGUAGUGCUUGAUGAUAGUCCUAUUAAUGAUGAAGGUGGCGAAGCACCCGAGGUUGAUGAUGGUGUCGAAGAACCGAAGGUUGGAAUGACCUUUUCUAGUGAGGAAGAAGUUCGAUCUUACUAUAUGAAGUAUGCUAAGCAGAAAGGGUUCGGGGUGCGAAGAAGGAAUUCUAGACAAAGUGAGGACGGGAAAGUUAGAUGGUUUACAUUAGUAUGUGCGUGGCAAGGCAUAACAAAGAGUCGGGCUUCCAAUGUCCUCAGGCCAAGACAAACGGAGAGGGUAGGGUGCAAAGCAAGAGUUAAUUCAGUUUUGAAUGAGGACGACGGAUACACCUUGUCCAGUGUCAUAUUGGAUCACACACAUUAUUGUAGUCUGGGGAAAUCCAGACGCUUUAGAUGUUUCAAGAAGGUAGAUGGGAGGGUUAAAAAAAGGCUUGAAAUAAAUGAUGAGGCCGGAAUACGUACGUCAAAGACUUUCAAGAGUGUAGUUGUUGAAGCAGGGGGUUAUGAGAAUGUGCCAUUUGGGGAGAAAGAAUGUCGAAACUAUAUUGAGAAAGCACGACAACUUCGCCUCGGAGUUGGAGGCGUUGAAGCACUAAUGAACUACUUCCAGGAUAUGCAAAAAAAAAAUGCUGACUUUUAUUAUGCGAUCGAUGUGGGUGCUAACAUGAGGUUAAAGAAUGUCUUUUGGGCAGAUGCCCGAAGUAGAGCUGCAUAUCAAUCAUUCGGGGAUGUGAUCACUUUUGAUACAACAUACCUUACCAAUGCGUAUAAAAUGCCUUUUGCACCAUUUGUUGGUGUCAACCAUCAUGGUCAGUCAAUCUUAUUUGGGUGUGGAUUGAUAUCCAAUGAGGAUGCACAAACUUUUGAGUGGUUGUUUGAGUCAUGGUUGAAAUGUAUGAAUGACCAACCACCAAAUGCAAUCAUUACCGACCAAGACAAGGCGAUGCAACUAGCAAUUGCCAGGGUGUUCCCAUCGUCGAGGCAUCGCUUUUGUUUGUGGCAUAUCAUGAAGAAGCUUCCAGAGAAAUUUGGGUCACAUUCUCAAUAUAACGAGAUCAAGAGUAGUCUACACAAAUGUGUGUACGACUCGUUGUAA